AUGGAUCGUUGGGUCGGUAAAGUUGCGAUUGUAACCGGUGCGAGUGCGGGUAUCGGUGAAGGGAUUGCCGAGGGUCUCGUCAAGGAAGGUAUGGUGGUAGUUGGGCUUGGCAGGCGAUUGGAGAACCUGGAAGCCCUCGCAAAACGUGUGAAAAACGCUAAGGGCGAGUUCCAUGUAAAGCAGGUCGACAUUACCAACACCGAGGAUUUCAAGGGCGUCUUUGAAUGGGUUGAUAAAAAAUUCGGAAGGCUCGAUGUCCUCGUUAACAGCGCUGGUACCUGGAGCGCCAAACGAAUCAUAGAUGACGAUGCUGAGGGAUUUAAGAAACUGCUCGAUCUCAACGUCUUGGCGUCUACCGUGGGCGUUAAAGAAGCAGUGGCUUCGAUGCGGAGCCGUAAUGUAGCCGGCCACAUUGUCAACAUAAACAGCGUCGAUGGAUACUGGCUCGGCAAUCAACAAACUUCGAGUUUGUACGCAGCCACGAAAUUCGCAAUUACAGCAAUGACUGAGAUAGUGAGACAGGAUCUCGUGGCAGUCGGCAGCAAGAUUAAAAUUACGAGCCUCAGUCCUGGGUUUGUCAAGACAGACAUCAUUCGGGCAUCCGGAGUCCCUAACCAUGAAAGUUUCUUCGACAACGUUCCACAUCUCCUGCCGGAGGACAUAUCUAACGCAGUUGUCUACAUUCUGGGUACCCCAGACUUCGUUCAGGUCACCGAGUUGUCGAUUCGUCCGGUCGGCGAACCGUAUUAG